CACUGCACCCAGGUCCGGACGAGGAGGCUGAUGAAGGAGCUCCAGGAGAUCAGGAGGUUAGGGGACAACUUCAUCACGGUGGAGCUGGUGGAGGACAACCUGUACGACUGGAACGUGAAGCUCCACCAGGUGGACAAGGACUCUGCGCUGUGGCAGGACAUGAAGGAGACCAGCACCGAGUUCAUCCUGCUCAACGUCACCUUUCCCGACAAUUUCCCCUUCUCUCCGCCCUUCAUGCGGGUCCUGACCCCCCGCCUGGAGAACGGGUACGUGCUGGACGGAGGGGCCAUAUGCAUGGAGCUGUUGACCCCCCGGGGAUGGUCCAGCGCAUACACGGUGGAGGCCGUCAUGAGGCAGUUUGCGGCCAGCCUCGUAAAAGGACAGGGGCGUAUAUGUAGGAAAUCAGGGAAGUCCAAGAAAGCUUUCAGCCGCAAGGAAGCCGAGGCCACCUUCAAGUCCCUGGUGAAGACCCACGAGAAGUACGGCUGGGUGUCCCCGCCCGUGUCCGACGGCUGAGCGCUCGGGCCGCCGACCCGCCGACCCCGAGCUAGCCGGAAACGAAACCCAGCUAGCCCCGACACGCAAAACGACACACCACGCUAACUCAACAAUCUCCCAUCUCCACCUUUUGCUGUUUCACCCAAAAGUUUUUUUUCUUCUUUUGGUUUUGUGUGUCUUGUGUUAUUUGGUUUUUUUGGGGGGGGAUUCUUUUCUUUUUGCCCUCAUUUCCACCAAAACUCGCGGAGAGCAGACACGCCGCCAUCUUCGUCACUCCUCA